AACGUUGAGAAACUUGCAUGAUAAACAAACCGACGCCAUUUUUUGUAGGACUAACCUUACGUUAUCUAGUUUGUGGCAGUUGACUAAACUGCACCAUGUCUUCGUCUCUUACUAGUAGCAAACAGCAAAGCUGGAUACAGAAAAGACCCUUACUUAGAGAUGCGUACUUUACAGACUUACAGAAUGGAAGUUACAUUGCUUUUAUUUACAGCAUUGUGGAAAGUAUUUUCAUGAUUUGUCUGGUAGUGUUUGACAUAUACUGCUUAUCUGAAGCCCAACCAGGCACAACAAAUUACCGGUAUUUCGACAUCAGUUUUUUGUUCGUUUACAGCGGAAAUGCCCAUGUUCGAAAUCUCCUGAUCUUUUGUUCAGCCGUUUCCUUUUUGCUUUCACUGUACUUACUUGUGAGCUCCUUUAUUCUGUUAAAUGCUCUAAAAAAGGAACAUGAACAAAAGUUUCAACCUUGGUUAAUAGCAGCAUUUCUCUUCACUGUUUGGCGUUUAAUAGCGAUUAUUUUUCGUUCCAUUAGCAAUGAUAUAUAUUAUAGUUAUCACCAGGCCAUGCUGGUUAUAUGGAUCAUCCUUAUCGCAGCAAAUAUAUUCUUUUGGUUGGUGGUGUAUUCUAAUUUCCAAGAACUUGCUGACAUAACACGUCUUGAAGACAUGGCAAAACUUAAGAUGGGGACAAUGAGCAGUCUUAAUGCCUCUCGAAGUCUUUCUCAUCAUUCCAUCAAUUCCAUGAAGAACACCCAGUCAAAUUCACUCACGCCUAAAGGUUCGUAUUCAACCGCCUCCGUAUGAGGGCGCUAGAGACACCAAGGUCCAUCCACGCCGUUCCUCGUUACGGACGUUAGAAUCUCGUACGUCUUUGAAACAGUUCAGUGUAUUUCUUUGGUAAAAAAUAAUUUCAUAUAAAGCAAGGUUUUCGUGAAAAGCCAAGAAAAAAAAUUACAACCAUUAUGAAUUGUGGGUACUUUGUCAAUUGUUAAUAUUUUGUAAACAGAGCAUUCCUGUUUGGAAAGUUUCCCCGGUGAGACAGCAGAAUAUUUACGAACUUACAACGCUAAAAUCUGGGGCUCGAUUCCCCCGAAGUGAACACGGUAAAUAGCCCAGUGUGACUUUGAAUUAAAGCAAAUAAACAAACUUUUUUGGAAAUAAUUCGAUACAAAAAUUUUCUAUGCAUAUCAUGUUAUUACUUUAUAUUGUUGAUUCUUUGUAUCUGUAGGUUCACAGAUGUCAGUCAGUAAUGUUUCAUGAUAUUUUAAUUGUUAGGAUAAUUUCUUUUGAAUCUCUCGUAGCAAAGAUCUCAUUGUAUGUUACCUUUGUUUUAUUUAUAUCUUGUGUAUUGUUUAUGUAACAUUUUGUGAAAUAAAAAUCCAAAAGGCGAUGAAUUAUAA